CGACAACAAUACAACAAUGUAAAUAAAAUUAAAAUCAAUAACGGUGUGAAGAUUAGAAAUACAUUUUUUAACGAUACACGCAGAUAGUCAUAGAGCUUAAUGAUCUGCGUGGUCAUGGAAUAGGCAUGCAAGUCCAGCGGUAAACAUUUACAACCCCUAUAUUAGAUUACAAUUGUAGCUCUAAAUAUAUAUAUAUAUAUAUAUAGCCGGCAAUCGUCUACUUUCUCAAAAUGCAGAGUUGCAGAAACCUUCGGUUCGGCCUUAUGGUCCGAAGCUUAGGCAGCACUGUGCAGAAGCGCGCGAUUAUAAAGCAAGCUUCAUCAAUUAAAAACUGUACAUGUAUACUGAGCACGUCGCGAGAUGCGCUUUAUAAUGACUGGACGCAAAUAUCCAACCGUAGGUGGUACAGCACGUCUAGUGGGGACGAUGAACUAUCGAAACUAAAUCUCUCAAAAGACAAGCAGAAAGUUUUAGAUAAGUUCACAGGGAAAAAGAAAAGUAAUUUCGAAGCCGAGGUGAUCUCCGGUGAACAGUUGCAGUCCAGUACCAGUUCGCCAACCUCAGAAUCCGAGUCUGAAUCAAUCCCCUUACUAAGCGUGGACGAUGUCAUAGACUACGUAGAACAACAGACACCCGAAUUCCAGCUGUACCUGGAUGGAGCGCACUAUGAAGGGGAUAGGAAGAGUGUGACGAGUAUCUUAAACUUCUUGAAGAAGCAGCAGUUGCUUGCAGUCGGUGAGGUGACUUCUGGCUCUGAGUCUGGCUUCGAGGAGAUCGCCUGGACUCCUGUAACGAUCAAAGAGAAUGUGCGCGCGAAUAACAAAAAUUUUGUGAAGUUCCUUGUGACCGAGGGAUACGAGGGCGAUCCCAAGGAUUUGAAGUCUGUCACCGAGUUCUUCCGACGCUCCAAUCUGAUGGAGUCAACCGUUGACGAUCAAGACGUGUUCACCGAGUCGUACGUGCGUCAGUUAAUUGAGGAGAAGAACAAGGACCUGACUGAUUUUCUCAGCAAGAAGGGGUACAAGGGCCAAAUCCGGCACUCCAAUCGAGUGGUUGAAUUCAUGCGCUCCAAGCAACUGAUUGUCCCCAGCGAUGACGAGCACGAGGAGCCCAACGCUUCCGACAUUGCUAUUUCCGAGGAGCAGGCUAAGAAGCAGGCUGAUUACCUCAUAUCGACCAAUGAACUCCUGGACUAUAUGGGCGACCCCGAUUUCAAGGCCUAUCUCAAAGAAGAGCUUGACUUCGAGGGUGAUGUGGAGAGCUUUGAUGAAGUGGCCGAAUUUUUGGACCAAGAGCAUGGUGCAUUGGUAAUGUCUACUAGUAUAGGGGAAGUCGAGGAAGCACAGUAUGAACCCGAGUCCGACCCGGAAAACCCUAUUUUGGGGGGCAUUGAUCCGAAGACUUUCUUCGAGGAUAAGCAUGACAUGUGGAAGGACGAAUUCCCUGCGGUGUGCCUUAUCUGCCGCGCUGUUGGCGACCAUAUGACAUUCGAUUGCCCCGCGCCGACGCUCCAAGACUACCUCAAAAAGGAUCACCGUGACAUAGACUCGGACCAUAGCUUGCCUACAGUGUUGGACGCCGCAGACUUAACUCGCCGUACACGCAGUAGUAGGUACAUCAAUGAACCACCCAGCGGUGUGUAUAUGGGAGGUGUUCCUAAGAGAGCCCCAUAUAAGAUGUACCUCGAUACGGCCGAGGAGUCGAACGCGGAAUCUGAGACAGAUUCGGAAUGGGAGAAAAUGACUAGCCCCGACUACUUCGUUGGUGACGACAAAGGCAACAACUCUUCCUCCGACUACACAGUCUCCGAGUCAGAAGACGACAGUAUAGAGAUCGGCGAGCAGGACUUCGAGUAUCUGAGCAGCAGUGAUAGUGACAGCGGGUCUGUGAAGUCAAGCAAGAAGGUGACCAAGGAAGAGAGUGCAGCAGAUGUCACAGCGGCGGCUGAAGCUACAGCUACGGUUACAGACACACCCGAGCCCGUGCAAGCAGACGCGUACGCGGAGAACCAGGAGGAUGUUGCACAGCAGGCUGCCAGUGAGCAGUUGGAAAGUUCGGUACAACUGGAAGGGGACUCGGGUGCGGACAGUGAGGAUGCCAAUGGUGUCGCCCCGGGCGCUGGGCCGGGCUCGCGGAAUGCGAAGGAUGCGAAGGAUGAACGGGGAUGGGGUGCGGAGGUGCCGGUCAGCACUGAUGAUGACGCGUAUUCUGCCUGGGAAGAAAGCAUGGAUGAGAAGGAAGCGCGUAAUCGCCUGCAGUUUGCCACCAUGCAGAGGGACGAGUUUAUCAAAUACUUUAACUGGCUGGAGCAAGGCGGAGACGUGACACAGAUCAUCAAUCCCAGUGUGAAGCGACACUACCUGAAGAGUCUACGAAUGACUGGUGAGGUGCCUAUGCGCAAGAAACCCACAGCCAACAUAGACGAAAGAAAGCGAGCCAUGGCAGCCUCCUUCGAUCUUUAACACGCACCCGCUGUGUUGAAAGACAUACACCCCCGCGUUGCAAAGAAGGUGUCACGUUUUGCUGGCUAUUGACACAGCCACGUAUGGUGCUCAAGUGAAACAUAUACAUGCUUAGCUGAGAGUGGCUUAUGUAUAUUACUUCAAGCUAUGAGUGCAGCGACUCAAAGAAUCUAGCCUUUUUGCAAGGUUCGAGUUUUUGAAAGCAGGCGCAUCGGUGGAGGACCACAGAGGAUGCUCCCUUUGUAUCCUACGCUGCGGCCACGUGGACAAAAGUAAGAGCAGAGGUGUAGUGCAUAUAAUAUGUUGAAUUCCAAAUAAAGGUGUGAAGCGACUAUAACGAUAAUAGUAGGAUCAAUACUGCAGGUGUGAGAAGAAUGAAUAUAUGGUACACAUACGAACUUUUGAGGGCACUCGCGACGUCCCAUGUAUGCUAUGUUGGAGAAAUGUGAGAGUCGACGUGAAGCGUACUGGUCGCUGUAAAGUCCGCUCUAAUUCAAAG